AUGAAGCAGUAUGUAAAGGGAAAACCUAACCCAGAAGGUUUGAAGAAUUUUGUCAUGGCAAACCCUAAUGGCAUACCCCUUGAUUUCUGUAUGUAUGAAGAAAAAGGGAAAGAAAUUCAGUCUGAAAAAGUGCCCCCUCCAGAGAAGUUAGAUGCAGGAGGCAGAGUAGUGUUGAAACUUAGUGAUACAUUGACAGAGAAGUUGUCAAUUUAUGUUGACAGGUAUUUUACUUCUGUUCCCCUCCUCGACAAGUUACUGAGAGACAGGAACAUUACUGCCACUGGCACAAUAAUGCUGAGUCGCAUCCUGAGAGGUAUACGGCUUGAGGAAGAUGCAACAAUAAGAAAAACAAGAGGCAGCCAUGAUCAGGUGGUAAGGAAUGACGGGAAACUAGCAAUUAUCAAAUGGUUUGACAACCUAGCAAUUUAUUUGGCUUCAACAAAAUCAGAUAUUGGGCCAAUUGAAAAAUGCACACAGUGGUCUAAAAAAGAAAAAAAGUACAUUGCAUUUCCUCACCCAUGUGUAGUAAAGGCAUACAAUAUUUACAUGGGAAGUGUUGACCUGUUAGAUAGGAUGAUGGGAAAGUAUGGCAUGAGAGACCAGACCCACAAAUGGACCAUCAGAGUGAUUCAUCACUUCAUUGAUUUUGCAAUUGCUGCUGCAUGGUUGGAAUACUGCAAUGCAGAAUGGUAUUGCAAAGAAACAUACAGUGCCAUACUAUCAGUUCAAGCUUGA